CACCGCCUCCAUCUUCUUAAUAUUGUUCUCCUUCGAGGCUUCGACACGAAGUCCACUGUCCAGCGCCUCUGAGCGGAGACUCGCCGGAAAUGACGACGUACGGCACGAUUCCGACGUCAUCCGCGGGAGAUUCUCCGAGUCUCGAGUACGUCUCCCGCGCAAAGGAACGUCUCAGAUCGGGGCUCGCCACCAGGAGGCCAUGGAAAGAGAUGUUCAAUAUCCGGUCAAUCGGACUCCCGAUCAACUUCCCCGAUGCGGUGAACAGGGUGAAAACGAACAUCUCCUUUUUCCGGAUGAAUUACGUUAUAAUCGUUCUGCUGAUUCUCUUCCUUAGCCUCCUGUGGCACCCGAUCUCGCUGAUCGUCUUCAUCGUGAUGAUGGCGGUGUGGCUGUUCCUCUACUUCCUCCGCGACGAACCUCUGGUGGUUUUCCACCGUACGAUUGACGAUCGUGUGGUGCUGAUAGUGCUUUUGAUUCUUACAAUCGUUUUCCUCUUGUUGACUCACGCUACACUCAACAUUCUGGUAUCGUUGCUGAUCGGAGUGGCGGUGGUGGUGCUACACGCGGCGUUUAGGAAGACUGAUGAUCUCUUCCUGGACGAAGAGGCCGCCAGCGCCGGAGGCUUGCUGACGACGCCCGGCAGCACCGCCGGGCCUUCUGCGUCGUCUUAAGCAAUGUGGAAAGGGUAGUUUUGGAAUUAACCAAAUCCUUGGAGGAUCUCGUGUUUUCAAUUUUUAUUAAUUAAUGUUUUUGUAGCUCGAUUUUCUUUGGAUGGUUUAAUUGAUUGUUUGUAUCAUUGUUUAUGUCUUUUGUUUGUUGUUCA